CAUAUGUUGUGAGUCUUUAUACACAAACAUGACAAAUUGGGUAGAAAAAAUAAACGAUCGGGUGGCACGAUCAGUAGUUGGAAAGUACUUCCAGUUAGAAUACUCUGGACAUAGAAGAGAAAGAAAAGGAACAAGGUUUUUUACAGAACUUCGUGCUGGUGUGACUAUAUUCUUUGCCAUGGCUUAUAUCAUUUCUGUCAAUGCUUCAAUUAUUUCAGAAAGUGGUGGUACAUGUAUCUGUAACAGCACAGCAGGCGAUCCAACAUGCGACAAUGAUCCAGCCUAUUUGCAGUGUGUUUAUAACUUUAGACUUGACUUAAUUAUCGCAACUUCCAUAUGUGCCAUGAUUUCCAGCGUUUUGAUUGGUAUAUUUGCCAAUUUGCCGCUCGGCAUGGCUCCUGGUAUGGGUUUGAAUGCUUACUUUACAUAUACGAUCGUUGGUUACCAUGGUUCUGGUAAAGUGAGCUACGAGACUGCACUGGCAGCUGUCUUUAUCGAAGGUAUCAUCUUCUUCGUACUCUCUCUCUUUGGUGUUCGACAAUGGUUCGCACGUAUCAUUCCAAUGAGCAUCAAAGUAGCGAUGGGCUGUGGUAUUGGACUUUAUCUCUGCUUCAUUGGUCUUCAAUCUUCUGCAGGUAUUGGCCUUGUCAGAUUAGACUACUCAACCUUAGUCACCCUUGGCGGUUGUCCCUCGGCUGCGUUGGACGAACAUGGCUCUUGCCAGUGGGGUCAUAUGACCUCCGCCACAAUGUAUAUGGGACUUUUGGGCCUUAUUCUCAUGUCACUUUUAAUUAUGUUCCGUGUACGUGGUGCAAUUCUGAUUGGUAUUAUCGCGAUCGCCAUCACUUCCUGGCCGCGUAACAGUCCGAUUACAUAUUUCCCCUAUACGGAGCAAGGCAAUCUGAUGUUUGACUACUUUAAAAAAGUUGUAACAAUCCAUAACCUCCAGAACGUCCUCGGCCGAUUUAACUUUGACCUGACGACCAAAGAUAUCUGGAUUGCACUGAUCACUUUCUUGUAUGUCGAUAUCUUGGACACCACAGGCACCAUGUACUCAAUGGCCCGAUAUGGUGGAUUUACCGACAAGGCCGGCGACUUUGAACACUCAACAUGGGCAUUCUUAGCAGACGCCUGCUCUGUCUCAAUCGGUUCUUGUUUUGGUACGUCUUCUUGCACGGCCUUUGUUGAAUCGGGUGCAGGUAUUGCCGAGGGAGGUCGAACAGGUCUGACGGCGAUCACUGUUGCUUUUGGCUUCUUCAUCUCUAUCUUCUUUUCUCCCAUCUUUGCUAGUUUCCCUCCAUGGUCAACUGGUCCAGCCUUGAUCUUGGUAGGUUCCAUGAUGACCUCUAGCGUCCGCAACAUCAACUGGGACUAUCCUGGAGACGCCAUCCCAGCCUUCAUCACUAUGGCCGUCAUGCCAUUUACCUACUCAAUUGCUUACGGUGUCAUUGGCGGUAUAUGUGCAUAUAUCAUCAUUAACGGUGCUGUUUAUGUGAUGGAUAAGGGAUCAGGUGGUCGUAUUCGCCCCGAUUACUCACAGCGUGAAAACUGGUGGACUGCUGUCCUCAGUCGAUCGUUCACUCCUACAUGGAUUCAAUUCAUCAUUGCCAAAAUUAGAGGAAGAGAAUUCGAUUGGCAUCAAGACGAGUAUGAAUUUGAAGACGAUGAUGAUUUGGCUUCUAGACGUCAUCCAAUGAGUGAAGAAGCCCCUACGGUUGUGAUUGGAGCAGAUAAUGGCUCCGGCAUAGAAACUAUCUCAAUGAACAAUAAUAGAAAACUUUAAAUAAAAC